UUUGCUGCUGUGCUGGGGAGGAUUUCCACAGCCUCAACGUCAAGUGGCUAUAUCGUUAAAAAUAUAUAUUUUUUGGUCUUAUUUAAUGUUAGGCAUAACGUUAGCAGUGUGGUUUAGCUUAUGGUUAGGUUUAAAAUCACAUUUUAAGAUGAGAAAUGUAAGAAAUGGGCGGGGUUUAUGACUUUGUGGUAACUAGUGACGACUGUGUUGGAGCUUGUUAGCUACCAACUAACUCAACUAUAGGAGCUAGCUAACUAAUGUUUACCGUUUGUUUGACAGAAUGACUUCCGGCCAAGGUAACGUUAUCUUUUCUCCUGAGUCAACCGUCACCUCCUUGUUGGCUAGCUCCGGACACCUGAGAGGCACCCAAAGGGACAACGAUCUGUCUCUCACCGGUAUCAGAUACCGGGACCGUGACUAUGAAUCGGCUACUGAGGCCCUGGAAGCCUACAUUGCAGACUUUGACAGAAGCCUGCACACUUCUGAAACUUCUACCGGGAGACUGCAGCUCCAGAAAAGCCUGAUAAGUUCUGCUCUGCCCAGAACUGAGUUCAGGAAUAAAGAUGUUCUUAGAGAGAGACUAACAGACAGGGAGCUGGAUUUCCUAAAUCUUCCUGUGGGUUCUGGUCACCGUGGAGCCUCAGACUGUAUCAGCCUGACCACCGACGACCUGUUGGUGCUCCCCUGUGAUGGCUCCCUACCCGUGACUCGCACCUCUGCCUUCCUCACCCAGUCUGGGGACUACCCCCUGGGGCAGAGCUCCCACUCUAACUCCUGGUCCUCUAGGAGGCCUAGGCCUAACAGCAGCUCUCAUAUUAAACGCUGCCUGCACUACUCUGCCCCUCACAACACUCCUCACAAGCUGUACCAGUCCAGAGCUGGAACUCAAGCACAGGAAACCCAAAAGACAGAGCCCUUCACAGGCCCCAGAGUGAAGGGGAGCCUGUGGCCCCAGCCCCAGCAUGGUCUCUACCACCAGACCACAGACUCCCCUGGCCCUUUCUCCCCCCACCAUGACUACCCUCGCUGGCUGACCAGCCAAAAGUCUGAGAUGGAUUUCUCUGGGGUCACCAGCAUUCCUGACCUGAAGUACCCCGCCUGGCUCCAGGAGUGUGACAAUGUUCCCAAAGACAUUCCCACCACUAAUAUAAACCUCUCAGAGUCUCAUAAGAAGACACAGCAUAGGGGCUGGGGCCCGACCCAGACCUUGCCCCCCUCCCCUAGACCUCCCUCCUGGCUGGGUGAGCUGGAGGCUUCCUAUGAGGAGCUAAAGGAAGGACAGAAGGACAGUAACGGCGGCCAUCUUGAGGAUGUCUCUGGUUCUGAUGAUGACAGGCAACAACUUCUCAGAGGAGAGGCUGAUCACAGGACACUGAGGGAGUUUAGACUACAUUUUUCAGAGCGGCUAGCUUUAGCUGCCGAGGGAGAACGGAGCACUGAUUUCCACAAGGUCUUCGGAGAUGAUAAGAUCGAGAGUUUGAUCUCGAAGGCAGAGAAGGUCCUUAACUCUCCUUCGUUAGGCCUAAACACUAACAGCCAGCUGCAGAACUCACCGUCACUAGGCCUGACCAGCCAGCUGCAGAAGGACAUGGGACACAGCCCUGGUGGCUCAGAGGAUGUCCUAGAGGCUGAUCGCUCUUGGGACAACCCUGUCAUCACAUUUAAAUCUCCAGUGCCUGUAGGGGGAGCAGAAGACACACUGGUCACCACAGAGCCUCUGAGAGACAGGAAAGACGAGGCUGCCUCAGGCUCAUGUUCGUCGGGCUACAGCAGCAGGAAACACCCUGGUCCGGUGGAGGCCCUCAAACAAAUGCUGUUUAGCCUUCAAGCCGUGGAGCAACAGGUCAGUCUGGAGAAUGACACAACAGAAAAGGAAGUAACCUCGGAGAAUGGUUCAACACCAACGUCGGAGGACGGCACACAACCACUGACGAUAAUGAGGUCAGAUGACUAUGACACUGCAUUCGGUGGACAAUCAUUAAAGAGGGCCCUGCAUCACCUUGGGAGAUUGAAGAGUCUUGUUGAAGACUCAGCUGGUGUAAAAGCCACAUCUCAGGAAGGGAAAUACUCGUAGAAGACCAGCCAUAUCUUCCUAAGAGGACUUGCAUCGUUGUGUUGGUUACGUGAAAAGGGUCUGAAGAAGCAGAAUGUCUCGGUCUUGAUUUGGACGCUGAACAUGGACGGCCAAAACAAGUAAAAUCUCAAUGACAGGGGAAUUUCAGUGUCUUGAUUAUUCAAGAUCAGCACACAAUUUUGUCCCCCAUUAACUACUCUAAUAGCCUAAUGUUUGUAUUGUAUAUUGUUUAUAACAGUUUAUAUUUUAUAUCUCAAGUGCACAUAACAUCUAGUGAAUUCAGUAACGCCUCAUAAGCAGUAAGAUCUCACAGAACCUGAUUUAAUAAAAUGUACAUUCACAAUGA